AUGAGCAAAUUAGGGGACAAUAUUAUUGCUUUUUUGAGAAGAAAUAACAACGACGAGCAACUAAAUCAGUUACGCUUCACGGAUGGCAAAGUUCUUAUUGCCAACAACCCUCACGAAGUAAACAAGAUUCUGCAGGAGCUCAACGCACGAAAGGAAUUGGCUCUGAAAAUUAAUACACCGAGACGAAGGAUAUCACUGCGGCCACGCAAGGAAAUAAAUACCGGUGGCGAUAACAUGUUGCUUGCCUUGCUGACAACCAGUGGACAAUGCCCAUUAGUGAGUGAGGCGCUCGAGAAAAAUCGCAUGAUGACACUGGAAGAGCUGCAUCGAUUGCGUGAGUUACGAGAAGCAUACGAGCGUGAGGAAGGUGAGAGGCCAAUUCGUACCGAAAUUGAUGAGAUGGAUCGAAUGAACGUUGAGAUGCCGGUAACGAAAAAGCACGAUAUUGCUGAUAGAACUACACAUCUGAAUAAAAAUGAAGAUCGCAAUAGUAGACAUGUGCAUAGCAGACAUAUCGUGCGAAAGUCGCCGGUACGAGUGGAGAGGCAUUUCACUGAAGAAAAGAGUCGCCGAGAUCGACUACAAAAUGAUGAGGAAACGAGGCAUUCACGAAGAGAAGAAAAAACUAGGGGCAGAGAAAAAUCUAAAGAAGAGAAACUGGCAAAGGAUAACGAUGUUAUCGCCACAACGCGCGAUGGAUUUGCUCUGGAAGAGCCGACGUAUGAAGUUAUUUUGGAUGGUUGCGAGGAUAUUCAGAGCAGAACUGAAGCUGCAAGGGGAAAUGAUGGUGACUCUGCUACUGUUUCUUCACGGCGACCACGAGAGCUCGAACUGGACGAGGAAAAACGAAAGGAAAGAGCAAAAGAAAACAGAAGAGGACACCAUCGAGAGCGCAGAAGUGACGAGCAGGAGGUCCGCGAUGACAUUCAGAAAAACCACGGCUCAGGAGCAAACGCGGAAAAGCGAAGGCAUCGACAGGAAACUGGUGACAGAAGGCACAACGGCGGACAAACUGACAAAAAGCACAGGAAACGAAGCGUAGAUAAAAGCAGUAAGCACAGUGGAACUGAGCAGAAACCGGCAGAUGAUUCGAAAGGGCAAGAAAGUUCAAGCAAAAAUGAUCUCAGCAAGGAGAAGCAUACUGCGGAAAUUAACGGGGAUCAAAGGGAAUUGGCUGAAGACGUGACUUCCAAGGUAUCCGCAAUCAGCAAGGAAACUGAAGAAGUUGAUUCGCAUCGCAAUGAGGACAGAACAGAUGAGAGUACUGCCAAAGAGGCAAUAGUGACAAACGCUGGUGCAUCGGAAGGUGAUGAUAGCGAGAAAGUUCCUGAAAAUCAGAAAAUUGAUGACAAAUUGUCGGCCAAAUUGGAACGAAGUCGUAGUCGCAGCCAAAACAAGGAGGACCGACACAGUCGCAGUGGAAGCAAGGAGGACCGUCGUAGCCCCAGCCGAAGCAAAGAAAAGCAUCAGAGCAGAACUGAAGCUGCAAGGGGAAAUGAUGGUGACUCUGCUACUGUUUCUUCACGGCGACCACGAGAGCUCGAACUGGACGAGGAAAAACGAAAGGAAAGAGCAAAAGAAAACAGAAGAGGGCACCAUCGAGAGCGCAAAAGUGACGAGCAGGAGGUCCGCGGUGACAUUCACAAAAACCACGGCUCAGGAGCAAACGCGGAAAAGCGAAGACAUCGACAGGAAACUGGUGACAGAAGGCAUAACGGCGGACAAACUGACAAAAAGCACAGGAAACGAAGCGUGGAUAAAAGCAGUAAGCACAGUGAAACUGACCAGAAACCGGCAGAUGAUUUGAAAGGGCAAGAAAGUUCGAGCAAAAAUGAUCUCAGCAAAGAGAAGCAUACUGCGGAAAUUAACGGGGAUCAAAAGGAAUUGGCUGAAGACGUGACUUCCAAGGUAUCCACAAUCAGCAAGGAAACUGAAGAAGUUGAUUCGCGUCGCGAUGAGGACAGAACAGUCGAAGCCGAAGCAAAGAAAAGCGUCGCAGUCGUACCCGAAGCAAUCGGAGCCGAAGCCGGGAGAACCGUCAUAGUCGCAGCCGAAGCAAAGAGGACCGCUAUCGCCGGCAGCGAAGCCGAAGUAGGAGUCAUCGACGACGAAGUGUGA